GACCCGCAUUCGUGCAGUCAACCAAUCCGCCAAUCGGAGCGCGAGUAUACUACAGGGUUCACUUUCCCGAACCGGCAGCAUUAUCCCCACCCGAGUCCGAGUUCCCACCCGAAGCACCAUAACACACUUUAAAGCAGAGCUCCUUUGGCGGCGACUCGAUAAACUUGUAUUUCUCGCUCGAUACCAAGUUACCAACUAUUCGCAAAAGCAAUUCAAAAUGUCGCCACAAACCAUCCGUUCCUUGAUUGGCGUAUCACCUUCGGCUCCUUCGGUCACCGAUUCGGUGUUGGUGAUCAUCGAUGCGCAGAAUGAGUAUGCCAACGGAAAGCUGAAGGUUGCUGAUGUGGAGGUAUCCCAGAAGGUGAUCAAGGCCCUGCUGGACAAGUACCGCGCCUCUAACGGGUCUGUCGUACACGUCGUGGCGGACACUCCACCGGGGGCACCGAUCUUUACGCCGGGAACAGAGUUGGCAGAGAUUUUCGAAGAACUGACACCGAAGGCCAAUGAGCCGGUCGUCCACAAGCACCAUGCGAGUGCGUUCACUGGCACCGAUUUCCAGGAGCAGGUAACCAAGACUGGCAAGAAGAAGCUUGUUGUUGUUGGAUAUAUGGCGCAUAAUUGUGUGUCAGCCACUGUUCGAGCUGGGGCGGAGCUGGGUUAUGACAUUUCUGUGCUACGGGACGCUGUCGGUGAUAGAGACAUUCCGGGCGCCAAUGCCGAAGAGCUUGUUCGGGUCUCACUUGCGGAGUUGGCUGACACAGUAGCCACCAUUUUGGACUCAAAGGAUAUCUAAGUCCAGACACACCCAACAGAUUUCAAGUAUAAACAUGCCUCAAGGAGGAAAUCAACACGCAAAAUCUGCUGUACUUCACUCGACUCGGCACUGUCUACGAUAACGACCCAACUUUCUCGGAGAAGAGUAGCGUGAGGAUUUGUCAGGACGCUGAUUUCGGCGGCACUCGACCACUGCUGUCCGGUGUUGGAUGCUUCGUUAGUGGCGCUCAGGCCGAGAUAACUAGCAAUUACAGCCCGUGAAAAAGUUGUCUUGACCGUCUAAUCGUUUGCCCAUAUGCCCUGCGCGGCGGUUUUCUACGUGGUACCGUCCAGACUGUAGUCGACCGAAUGAGUGCCGAUACUGCCUAUGGUCUGGCCGUCCUGGCGCUG